GGGUCUAAACGCUCAACAUGACCCGGAAAUAUUUUACCGCACACAAAUUUUUUGCGCGAAAUGUUGCUUGCUGGUCAGCGACUGCGUAUACAGUUGAAAUGGUGUAAUUGAAAGUUCGAGAAUAAUUCUGUAAAUAAGACAUUUAAAUAAAAGUAUAUAAAUCAUACGGACAGCAAACCUGCCAAUCGCAAGAAUGGAUGAAUAUGAUGAAAUGUAUGGAAUUGAAGAUGAAUUUGAGCAGCAGUUCGCGGACGAGCUCGAAGUCAUGGCUGAGAUUGACUACGAACCUCCUCGGCAAACAAAGGUGUCCGAGUUAAGGAACAAGAAGCCACUGUCAUUUGAAGAUGCUCUCGUCUCUGGGGACCUUAUCCUAAAAAAACAGGGUGCAGUCAGCCUUCCUGAGUGUUCUGCUUCUCAGCAAAGCUCUGUUCACAAACCUGCCAGCCUGCUACCUGAAGCUCUGGAUGACAGUGAGCUCCCAGAGCAUUUUCUAGACAGCGAUUCGUUUCAUAGUCCAAAAUCCAAAAGGUGUCGGCAGGAUGUGGCCAAAAAGCUUAAGUUUGGUUUGUCAGAUGGUGGACAUGACAUUACUCCUCCAUCUUCCCCGGAAGACUACAGCAGGUCGACAAGCAACAGUGUUCAAGCUGUGCCUGCCAGCACCUUGGAUAUCAGUGGACUGGGAGAAUUACAGGCAUCUCCCCGGAGAGCUACCGUAGCAACGCCGCACGUGCUCCGCAGACCCCCUGCUUCCGGAGAUUAUAUCUCAGUCACAGAUUCUUCUGGAAAUAGAGUCUACCUGGCCAAGAAGGACGAGGACACAGUGAGGGUAGUGGAUAGCAGGGCACUGCGGAACUCUCACUAUUCGCUGGGCCUACUGUCUGUGCCCAUCGAGGUGCUAAUGGAGCAGGUGGCAGAGAGGCGUCAUCGGCAGGUGGUUGAGGAGUCACAGAGGUUGACUGAGAUGCUCAACAGUCGUAUAGAUGAGGAGUUUGGGGAGUUGGAUGGCGGGGAGCCAGAAGAAGACGAGCAGGCAGCGAUGGAUGAAGACCAGGAUGGCACUGCCUCACGGCUCUGGGUGGACAGGUUCUCUCCCAGACAUUACACCGAGCUGCUCAGUGAUGACUUCACCAACCGCUGCCUGCUGAAGUGGCUCAAGCUGUGGGACACCGUGGUGUUCGGCCGGGAGAAACCCACCAAGAAGCCUAAGCCGCCGCAGCCGGACAACAAGCUGUCCUUUCAGCAGAAGGACCAGCAGAACCCACGCUUCAAGACCAAAAUCCAAAUCACCGAAGAGAUCCUCGAAGCUGAGCUGGAUCAGUACCAAAGGCCAAAGUACAAGGUGGCAUUGCUAUCCGGACCCCCCGGCCUGGGCAAGACCACUCUUGCACACAUUAUUGCCAAACACGCUGGGUACAAUGUGGUGGAGAUGAAUGCCAGUGACGACCGCAGUGCCGAGCUCUUUCAGAAGCGCAUCGACACGGCCACACAGAUGAAGUCUGUGCUGGGAGCCAAUGAGAAGCCCAACUGCUUGGUGAUCGAUGAGAUCGACGGCGCGCCCACUGCCGCCAUUAACGUGCUCCUGGCCACUCUGAACCGAAAGGAGAGCCGUGAGACGGACGCAGAGACGGCGGGAAUCGGCUCGCUGAAGAAGAAGAAGAAGAAAAAGACCGAGUCGGUGCUGCUGAGACCCAUCAUCUGUAUCUGCAAUGACCUGUAUGUUCCCGCUCUGCGGCAGCUACGCCAGCAGGCCUUCCUUCUCACCUUUCCUCCGACACAGUCCUCCCGCCUGGUCCAGAGGCUUGCUGAGAUCUCCAGGCGUCAAGACAUGAAGGUGGACACGGGGGCCCUGAUGGCCCUGUGUGAGAAGACGGACAACGACAUCCGCUCCUGCAUCAAUACACUGCAGUUCCUGCACCGCAGAGGUCAGAAGCAGCUGGAUCAGCGCAUGGUGCAAUCCAUGACCAUCGGGCUGAAGGACCAGAACAAGGGCCUGUUCUCCGUGUGGCAGGAGAUCUUCCAGCUGCCAAGGGUCAAGAGGAAGCGUGUGGGUGAGGAGCUCUUUGCCGGCAUGGAUCACGGUGGCCAGUCCAGCACAGCGGCGCACAGGCUGCAGCAUAUCCUGCACCUGGCCUCCUCCAGCGGAGAGCACGAGAAGCUCACACAGGGGCUGUAUGAUAACUUUCUCAGCAUGAAGCUGAAGGACCCCAGCCUGAGGGGCGUGUGCUUGGCCCUGGAGUGGCUGGGCUUUUCUGACAUCCUCAGUGAGACCAUGAUGCACGGCCAGAACUUCUCUCUCAUGAGAUACCUGCCCUUCCUGCCUGCCGCCUUCCACCUCCUGUUUGCUGCCACCAGCGUCCCCCGCAUCAACUACCCCAAGAGCCAGUAUGAGGCGCUGACGCGGACGCAGCACACCAGGAACGCGCUGGUGGCCAUGUUGGCAGAGAUCCACCCCUCCAUCCGGAGUCGAGUGGGCGUGCUCUGCCUCUCCCUGGACGUCCUCGGCCUGCUGCUGGAGGUCAUCUGCCCCAAGCUGCGGCCGGUGAACCCUCAGCUGUACAGCAUGCGGGAGAAGCAGCAGUUGGUAGAGCUGGUUGACACCAUGCUGUCCUACAACCUCACCUAUCGCCAGGACCGCUCUCCGGAGGGCCAGUACAUGUACCUGCUGGAGCCGAACGUGGAGGAGGCGGCGCGCUUCCCGGGCCUGCCCCCCCGCCGGCAGCUCACCUACCAGGCCAAGCAGAUGAUCGCCAGGGAGAUCGAGCUGGAGAGGAUGAGGCGGGCCGAGGCUGUGCUGCAGGCACGCAACCCGCAGCGGAGGAAUGAGGAGGAGAAGAACACCGCCAAGCACAGUGGAAGUCUCAAACCAGCUGCCAGGAACCACCAGCAGAGACUGGAAAACAUUGUGAAGCAGACAGUGGUGGAGACCAGGCCGGAGGUGGACUUCUUUGGACGAGCUCUUGUGCCGAAGGAGAAGCCGGUGUCCACUGCAGCCUCGGGUGAAGAGGGGAAAGCAGUCAGUGUGGAGCUGCAGAUGGGCAAAGCAGUGGGCAACAGUGACGUGUGGUUCCGUUUCAACGAGGGCGUGUCGAAUGCGGUUCGUCGAAACGUCUACAUCAAGGACCUGCUGUGAUGCAACAUCGGUUCACGUUUGGGGAAAAAGGAAGAUGGGUCCAUAAACAAGAUUUGUCCAGGAUCAAGAAAAUGUUAGUUAUGUUUUUUUUAAUGACUUUUGUAUGCUGUAAAUUGUACUGCAAGUGAAUAACUGAAGAUUGGAUGCCUUCAACAAGGGGAAUGAUUUAGGAUGUCCUUAGUAGGUUUUUCUCACCAAGGUUUUGUUGGUUAACUUGUACAAUGUGGAGCCUUCAAACAAUGUUUAUACCUCAUACACAAAUAACAUGGUUCAAGCUGUCUAAAAAUCCUCUACUUUAUUCAAUAUGACAAACGUUUUUGUAAAACAUUCAAUAAAAAAUUGUCAUUUAUUGCUCAUCA